GGAGAAAAGAAGUGUAGAUCUUGGACUUCUAACCCACACAAAUGUGAUAGUUGGCAGAGGAAAGGAACCUGUAGCGAACCAGAGCUGCAGCCCCAAGUACCAGCAGUCUCUCAUCGAUGUUUAUGCCCGGUUCAUCAUCAAUGCCCCAGGGGAGAGCAUUGAGUACUAUCGCAGCAAGAAGACAUACGUGAGAGUGACUUCCCUUAUACAGAAUCGAUUGGCGGUGGCCGAUCCCGCCAUUGCAAAGAUCGUGAUUUCGCCCACUGGAAAGCUGCUAGGUGCCAAGGAGGUGCGAGUCGGCAGCGACAAGGUCGACAUUGAGCGAAUGGUGGUGCAUGUGAUCAGCGGCAUGGCGCUACAGAUUUCUGAAGACAAGAACUUGCCGGGAGCUAUCAUGGCUACAGUGCAUCUCCGAGACGUGCUCGUGGCGAAACAGCAGGAGGCCGUUUUGGAUAUUGCUGUGGAGUUUAAGGACGAAACUAUGCUGCCCCUGUUCCGGGUUGACCCUGCGGAGUUUGAGCUGAAGGUCACAUCGGUGAACCCAGAUGUGGUGGAGGUCGCUGAGUCCAUCAGCUCCGCCCCCUCCCUGCCCCCCAGCAUCAAGGCAGUUGGCAACGGAAAGGGGGAAAUUGUCCGUGUCAUCCUGAGGGAGAGUGGCGUCUGCAACAGGAAGAAGCCUCGUACCCUGGACACAGAGUAUGUCCAUGUACAGGUUGACUUCACCAAGGACAUGGACGUCUACAACGUCAUACAGAGUGAUGGCUACUACUACAACCGCGCCAGCGACCGCCGCCAUGGCAACAACAACAACAACCACCACCACCAGGAUCAUUUCAAUAACAAGGAGGAGUACUUCAAGCAUCAGCAGAACAACUACCACAAACAACAACAGCCACACCAUAACCACCACAAGCCACCUGAGGAUAUCCAUGGACAUCUGGACUCAUUCACCUCGGCUGAUGGUUUGGAUGAAAGCACGAAAGAACCAAUGUCGGAAGCGUUAGCCCAGGCUGUGAGCACCAAGAGCAAGCAACCAUCCCCACUGGAGAUCGGCAUGUACGUCCUGGUGGCAGUGUUUGCCUUCGCCAUUCUAGUCUUUGCGGCCAAUUGUGCUGUGUUCAUGGUGAGGUACCAGCGGAAGUGCUCCCCCAAGAGCUCCCGAGUCAUGGUGGGCUCCAUCUCCCAGGCUCCUGACUGGGUGUGGAUAGGCCGGGCUACGUUAGAACGCAGCGGAGCCGGGAAUGCCGGUUGCAACCACGCCCUCAUGGCGGAGGAAGAUUUCAAUGGCAACCAGAUGGUUGUUGCUAACAGGUCAUCUUCUGACCAGCAACGGCCGAGAUCACACAAUGGUGAAACCGCCGGGGCCAGCAGUACGAGUGGGGUCACUGGGAGUGGGGUUACCGGGAGUGGGUCUUCGGGUUCUAGUAGUAAUCGUAACAGUGUGAUAUCCACGUACAAGGGCUCCGAGUGUAGUAUCCGCAUCACAUCUAACCCACUGAUGGACGAGGAUGACUGUGGGAUGGGUUACAACGAGGCGGAGUGGGACUACGAGGCUAUGGGGAUGACGUACGAACAGCUCAUGGAAUAUUUUGACAAUCUUAAAGAAUCUUCAGCGUAG